AUGAGUGGAAAUCUCCCAACUUCCAUGGAUGUUGAUAAACCCGAAGAUUCUGGGAUUCAAGAUCCUAAGACGACUCCUAAGGCAGAAAUGCUGAAAGAUAAGGCAGCAAAAGCAACUGCAAAGGCUACAAUUGCAAGAGCUUACUAUGAGAAUGAGAAGAUAUUAAUUGGAAAGAGACAAAGCGCAUAUCAAGAUAGAAAAAAGAAGAAGGAUAUUGUGAAGACGCAACGUGCAAAGUUGAUGAGGCUACAUCGAGCUGAGCGAGACAGGAAGAAUAAAUUGAAAGAUGACGCCGAUGACCUUCGAGAAAAAGAAGACUUGUAUUGUUUCAAGUGCAAGAUAAAGACGAAUACGCUUGAUGUUCAAUCGAUGUUGACAAAGAACAGCAGAGCAAUGAUAAAGGGGAAGUGUGAAGAUUGUAGCACAACAAAGUGUAAAAUAAUUUCCAAAGAAGUGAAAAGUGGUGGAUCAACGAAGGAUCUGCCAGAGCCAGAGGAUUCCAAGGAUUCAAAGGAUAGAAUCCUUUUAGAAAAAACAUAUUAUUCUCCUAAAACAGGUUUCUGUGGUAUCAAUGAGCUCUCAAGAGUAGCAAAGGUGUCGCAGAAAAAAGCUAAAGAGUUUCUCGAUGAGCAAGAUGUUUACACUCUUCACAAGCCAGCACGUAAGAAUUUCAAGAGUCAAAGAGUUUACGUUAGUGGAAUAGAUGAUCAAUGGCAAUCUGAUUUAGUAGAAAUGAUUCCUUAUGCCUCGGAGAAUCAUGAUUUCAAAAAUUUUGGAUCGCCUCUUCCUUCUUCUACUGAAAAUGUGCAUCCUGCACCCUGCUCACCACCGAACAAAUCAACAGAAACAUUUGAGUUCAAGACACCGUCUCGCGCUCGUAGCGCUCUCAGUUCACCAAUGAAUAAUUUCUUAAACGGAGGCGACAAUGAUUCUCCAACUUCGCGACCGGCCUCUCGUCUCAUGCAGCGACUCGAGCAGAAGGGAACAAUCCGCAGAGACGAUGAGAUAAUAUCGCAGGAAAUCAGACGCGUUGCAGAAACUAAUCUCUCUCGCAGUCCUUCUUUGGCGUCGCUUCGAGGAUCCAUUCAGAAUCUUUCUAUACGUGGAAGUCAUUUGAAUUUGGCAGGUACUUCAGGAGAGUUGCCUCCAAAUCUCACAAAAUUCGCUAGUGUGAAUUCUCCGGCCCGUCAAUCCUUGUCAGCUAUGGAGAAAACUACAGAUCGUCAAGCAGCGGUCCUUGAAAGACUUGGGCGUCUUCGCGAAUCGCUUCACGCGGGAAAGAACUACACUCCACCCCGCAGCGGAUUCUCAUCAUCACGUAUAACAACUCCUGCUCAGACACCGCCGAUUUCACCUCGUCCAGUUUCGUAG